CUACUACCAUAAAACAAAUGAUGCAUCUUCUACCCACCGUUUGCAGAAAUAAACGAAAAAAUGAAAAAAAAAAAAAAGGAAUUGCAUUAAGUGUUUGAUUAAGGUUUAAGUAAAAUGAAUGGUUUAAGCUUUAAUGUGGUUGCUUAAGAUGAAGGGUCCUUCUCAUUAUAACCACUCGACGGUCCAAAUUCAAUAACAACUCCACCGACGAAGCUCGCAUCAGUCACAUGGUUUUGACUCUUUAUUGACUCUUAUGCCCCUCAAUAGGCCAAUACCCACCGACGCAGCAGCAAGGGCACAAUCGUCAUUUACCACCCAAAACCACAAGAUCUCAACUACGCCUACCUCCAACGAGAUCCUCUAGCGGGAACAUUGGUCGUCGUAGACUAUUCUAUUCCAUUCCAAUUCAAUCAACGUUCCCAAUUUUCUGCAUUGUUUCCAUCCAUUCAGCUACGCUGUUUCCACACUGUACUAUUACAGGCUGUUACUUCUUUUCCCCCUUUCUGUUGAUUAAUUUGUUAUUUGUUAAUCUGAAACUGAAUUGUUACCGAAGAUAGGCAUUGCCAUUGUUAUUGGUCAUAGUAAAAUUUGGAUUCUGUUUCUCUCUUUGAAGAAGAGGGAACAACCGGCAUUAUAGUUAGCAAAAUGGCAAUGCCUUGAAUUUGGGGGUGGUUUUGUUCCGUACAGAUCCAAGUUUUCCUUUUUCCCCCCAAACUCUGCGGUGGAGUUUUCAUUUUUCAGCAUUGUGAAGCGCAUUUUGCAGAAUGGGAGAGAAAUCGAAGUCAGGAGGGUGCUGUGGCUGGUUUAUAGCCUUUUUGAUUCUCGCUCUGGUGGUCGGUGCUAUCGUUUACACCGUUAAGAAGAAGAUCGGUCACUCCCAUUCCGAUAAGCCACUUCCGGUACCUGGUCCUCCCGGCGCCAUCGACCAGAAAUAUUCCUCUGCACUCAAGACUUCCAUGCAAUUCUUUGAUAUACAAAAAUCUGGAAAGUUAACUGACAACAAAAUAUCUUGGAGAGGGGAUUCGGCUCUAAAGGAUGGAAGCCAAGCAAAUUUGGAUCUGUCAAAAGGAAUGUAUGAUGCUGGGGAUCACAUGAAGUUUGGGUUUCCAAUGGCUUUUACUGCUACUGUGUUAUCUUGGGCUAUUCUGGAAUAUGGAGAUCAAAUGGAUGCUGUUGGCCAGUUGGAACCGGCCAAAGAUUCCCUCAAGUGGAUCACUGAUUACCUUAUCAAUGCUCAUCCUUCUCCCAAUGUUCUUUAUAUUCAGGUGGGAAAUCCUGUUUCAGAUCACAAAUGUUGGGAUAGGCCUGAAUCCAUGACUGAACCACGGCCUCUCACACAGAUUAAUGCAUCUAGCCCUGGAUCAGAUGUUGCAGCUGAAACUGCAGCAGCAAUGGCCUCGGCAUCUUUGGUCUUCAAAAAGAGUGAUUCUACAUAUUCAAGCACUCUCCUCAAGCAUGCAAAGGAAUUGUUUACUUUUGCAGAUAAAAAUAGAGGAAUAUAUAGCGAGACUAUACCUGAUGUUGCAACAUACUAUAACUCAACUGGAUACGGUGAUGAACUUUUAUGGGCAGCUAGCUGGCUCUAUCAUGCUACGGAUGAUGAUUCUUACCUUAAGUAUGUGACUGGUCAAAAUGGAGAAGAUUAUGCACAAUGGGGAAGUCCAACCUGGUUCAGUUGGGACAACAAGCUUGCUGGAACUCAGGUUUUGUUAUCCAGAUUAAGCUUCUUUAAGGCAAAGGACAUUUCAAGCUCAUACGGCUCUGGCCUACAAAAUUACAGGAAAUCAGCUGAGGCUGUAAUGUGUGGCCUUCUUCCAGAUUCUCCAACAGCCACACAAAGCAGAACAGAUAAGGGCCUCAUAUGGGUCAGUGAGUGGAACGCUCUGCAGCAUCCUGUUGCUUCUGCAUUCUUGGCUGCUAUUUACAGUGACUACAUGCUUACAUCACAGACCGCAAAACUAAAAUGUGAUUCCAGUUCCUAUAGCCCAUUAGAUCUUCGAGACUUUGCCAAAUCUCAGGCUGACUACGUACUGGGGAAGAACCCUAUGCAUAUGAGUUUUCUAGUGGGAUAUGGAGAUAAAUACCCGCAAUUUGUACAUCACACAUUCUUGAAUGAGACUUUUAUUGAUUCCAGGAACAAUUCUAUGCAAACAGAACCAAGCACAUAUAACAGUGCUGUAAUAGUUGGCCUGUUAUCGAGUUUAGUCACCACAUCUUCUAUCGCUCAAUCUCUUAAAUAAGCUGUAGUUUCUCGCCAUCCUCAAUUCUUAAAAAUGGAUGAAAAAGAUUGGUGCUUAAUGUAGCAUAUUAUAUUUGUAUCAUUAUGUUUGUUUGUAUGAGUGUAAACUUGUGGCUUUUGGAUAGGUUAGUCGUUUGUGUAUGUAAAGUUUGAUUUGGCAUUAUUAGCGCAUUAAUUGAGCUUCUUUUUGUAGUGGUGCACGUUUGUAGAA